CAUUAAAUGCAUCAGAUGGGGACAGGUGCCUCUGGGUUCACAGGUUUGGAAAACUCAACUUCUGCUGCCACAAAAUCAUCUCCCACAGCAAUAAUUUCAACUGUGGCUACAACUGUAUCCAACGAGGAAACGACACCACCAAAUAUUCUUGGAAAUACCACCUCCCACCCUGUCUUUCAGGACAGCAAUGUGACUACAGCAGCCAUCUCAGAGCCUACAGUCAACCUCACGUCUACCUCUGUGAUCACCCCAGUUCCCACAACUAUGAACUCUUCUGUGCAAUCUCAGACCUCUUUAGCCACCACAGUAUCUUCUACCCUAGUCAACUUUUCGAUUACAGAGACAACCUUGAAGCCCAGCCUGUCACCUGGAAAUGUUUCCAGUCCCCCAUACAAUAUCACCAGCUCUGUGAUAACUCCCACUGAAACCUAUACAUCAUUGUCUUCUACCCCAAGGACCAUCAAGGGAGAAAUCAAAUGUUUCCCAGUCAAAGAAGUGAAAUUGUCCCAAGGUAUCUGCCUGGAGCUAAAUGAGACCUCCAGCUGUGAGAAUUUUAAGAAGGACCAUGGAGAGGAACUGAUGCAAGUGCUGUGUGGGAAGGAGCAGGCGGAGGCUGGGGCCAGGGUAUGCUCCUUACUCCUUGCCCAGUCUGAGGUGAGGCAUCGCUGCCUGUUGCUGGUCUUUGCCAACGUAACAGAACUUCACAGCAAGUUCCAUUUUCUGAAAGAGCACAAAUCCGAGCUGAGUAAGCUGGGGAUCCGUGGCUUCUCUGAACAAGAUGUUGGGAGUCACCAGAGCUAUUCCCGUAAAACCCUGAUUGCACUGGUCACCUCAGGGAUCCUGCUGGCUGUCUUGGGCACCACCGGCUAUUUUCUGAUGAACCGCCGCAGUUGGAGCCCCACAGGGGAAAGGCUGGGCGAAGACCCUUAUUACACGGAGAACGGUGGAGGCCAGGGCUAUAACUCAGGCCCUGGGGCUGCCCCUGAGGCUCAGGGAAAAGCCAGUGUGAACCGAGGGGCUCAGGAGAACGGGACCGGCCAGGCCACUUCCAGAAAUGGCCAUUCAGCAAGACAACACGUGGUGGCUGAUACUGAAUUGUGACUGGGCUGGGUGGGGCAGGGCUGGGCAAGGUUUGGGGAAGGGGCUUCUUCCUCCAUCUGGCUGCACACCGCCUCCACGCUGAAGGUGCCACCCUUUUGUUCUGUCCUUUCCCGCUGCAUGCAGCCUCGGAGGCUGUUCCUGGGGCCCUGUACUGCCCCAGGCUGAGGGGUUCUCUCCACCUUGGGGAGAGGCAGGUAACCCCUGCCUUUGACUUAGCUGUCUGAGCCCAGACUCUGGUCUUCUUUGAGGAAAGGUAUGGGGGGCUAAAGCCAAGCUGCGGAGAAGCUCCUGGGGGUGGGGGACGGAGGAUGGUCUUGUGGCUUUCACACAUGGGUCCCUUCCUCUUCCGUCCUCUGCCACGUUAUGGGAGCUCCUGGAGGAAAGCUUGGGCUCUUCUGGGCUAUAAUUCCUCCCAGGGGGCUUUGCCGUUUCCUGUUUCUUCCUUAUUUUUGUUUUCCCUACGUUAGGAAAACCAAAGCAUCCCAUAGCACCUGCUCCUCUGUAAUGCCAUAGCCAGAAAAGCUUGUUGUCUUAUGCCCUCUCCCUUGCUCCCCUCCAAGUCACUGUGGGUUCCGUCACCAGCUUCCUUCUUGCUGCCCAAGAUCUCCCGAGCCCCACGGGUUCCUCUCCCAUCUGUGCACAGAGGCCCGUGCGGUUUUCUGGCUGAGUCUGGAACGAGGCCCCAAGUUGUACAACAGUGUCCUGUGUCUGUCUGGGGGACAGGUGGGGGCGCAUGGGUGCACGUGUUCCCACCUGUGAGGGCAAAUGGGUGGCAGCAGACAGCUCAGUCUUGGUCUUUCGGGGACCACACAGAACCUCUUCUUGGGCUCCUGUUCCUCCCUGUGGGUCAGAGUGGACAGGACCACAGGGCCAGAUCCCUGAGCUCCUCUGAGGAUGCUCCCUGCUCUCAGGCUCUCCUUGGGUCUCCAUGGCUUCCUCCUUCCUCUCCCCGACUCCUUGGUGGAGCUGUGGCCUCAGUCCCCCAGCAGACUCCUUUCUGUCUCUGCCUCCCCCACCUGGGCCCCCUGCACUGCUCUGCACCCUCACAUGGUCAAGGUCCCAGGACAUCUCCAGAGGACCCUUGCCAGAAGCCCCCUCUGUUUGUGACCCAGGCCCUCAUUUUUGUCUGUUUUUUCCAGAGGGGUGAGCAGGGAUCCUGGUUUGAAUGACGGUUGGAAAAACUUUCCAGAGAUUGGGACACUGGGUGCAUUUUUUUUUCUGAAUAAAAAAUGGUGUGUGUAAAUAUUGUAAUUAAAGUAAUACUGAAGCCCA